AUGGGUUGCUCUUUACAGAAACCACCUAAUCAUAACCUCGCAAAGCAACGAUUCUCUAUUAAUAUACAAACAUGUAAUAGGGCAUUCUCAUUAAAUUUAGUAACACCGGAUAAAAAACCGAGUCUGGAUGUUUUUAACCCUACAUUAGGGAAAAUUGUAUCGGUGCCAGUACUAGUACCUGCUUCUAAAAGUAGCAUAGUGGUGAGAAGAAGCACACAAUUGACUAUAGGAUAAUGA